AUGCGGGCUUCAAGGUACACUCUCCACAUUCUUCACAUGCAGCCACUCUCGCACCACCCUUCCAUCGCUACAGUUGCCGCAUUACUCGUAGCACCUAUCCCUCAAACCACCAAGAAUUCCUCGCACUACCCAUCUCUCAAGCUACCGAAUCACUCCACUACCACCAACAUGAGCGCAGCGACCCCCACUACGGGCGGUGCCGGGCUCCUAUCAGAAUGCAUGACAGUACUUGAUAGCGUGAUUAUAAACUACAACAAUAUAACAACAUAUAUCGGCCUGAGGGAAGAUAUAAUCCGAACGUAUCGGACAACGCAGAGGGAGGCUAGCGACGUGGCGAACCGUAGCCUCGACAUGAUGAAGCGGAGGGCUGCAGACGCGCAACGCGCCGAGUCGGGCGCCUUCGACAGCUUGUGCCGCGACACGACCGCGCUCGCCCGCGGGGACCAGAGUUCCGCAGACCUCGAGCGCACUCGGGCGAGCCUCGCCGAGCUCGUGCGCGUCCAUAGGGGCGGCGGCGAGGUUAUUGCGCGUGUUGUUAUGAGGGUCUGGGCGGAGACGGUAGCUGCCCACGCGGAGCUGCAGAUGCAAGGUCCUAGCGAUGAGGAGGAGUGA